AGGCGCUACCGCGCGGUGAACCACCGAUACGUGGGCGGUUUCUACGGUGGCAGCGACCACGAGCAAAUCAAGCAGGAGCUCGUCACGAAUGGCCCCCUGGUGCUGUCUUUCGAGCCGAAGGAGGACUUCAUGUACUACAAGAAUGGUCUCUACCGGUCCGGCCUGGACAAGAUCCACCAGGAGUGGGAGCAGGUCGACCACGCGGUGCUGCUCAUCGGCCUCGGGUCCGAAGGAGGGCAGCCGUACUGGGUGAUGCAGAACAGUUGGGGCACGCAGUGGGGCGAGGACGGCUUCUUCCGCAUGGCCCGCGGCAUCGACGAAUCCGGUUGCGAGAGCAUCGCCGUGGCGGCCGACGUCGUCCAGGACAGCGGCAACGACGUGCUCGACAACUUUCUCGCGUCCCUGUGAGCCGCGGGGCUGGCGCUCGCCCUGCUCGCCUCGCCCUUCUCCCUCCUUCCUCCUCCUCCUCCUCCUCCUCCUCCUACCUCCUCCUCC